AUGCAAACCAACUUCCAACUUGGAGGGACGCCCCUGGGUGCAGACGAAGAAGAUGCACAAAGUGAACAGUUCAAACCAAUCUGUGUCACGGUUACACUUUCAGUGCCAAAGGAGGGCAAGAAAGGGAAGGUCGCGAGGAAACCGGACACCGUGCAGAAGCAAUUCCAACUGGAUGUGCUUGGAAGUAACAAUGUGGUCAAGCCCUCUGUCUUUUGGAAGUCCGCACUUGAAGCAUUGGGUCCUACCUAUGUCGCGACAUACACUCCUGGUGAUGACAGCGGUCAAUGGCCAGAUUUCAAGUGGAGGAAAGAGGGUGCAGCAGCCAACAAGGGUCUUCUAGUUGAGACAAAUGAUGAAUUUUCGUUGAUGAUUCAAAGCAUCCGCGACCGGAUGUUGCUUGGCAUUGUUGUCGCAGUUGAUCUGGACAGCUUUCAGGUGAUGCUGCAGUCAACUCAGAUGACGCCCAGUCAUUCGGCAGGUGGUUAUGGCACUGGAAACAAAGCACCUGGGGCCACAGAUCUUACUCCGGUAGAGAUAGAACGCGCCGAAAAAGUCAUCAAACUUCAGGAGCGGUGGAUAUGCACAGACCCUGAGCACGGAGGACAAUACUGUUAUGUCCACAAAGUUGGUGACUCCUGUAUUCCAUUGUCACCAUAUGCCCUAAAGCACUGGGCAUCUAGCUGGUUAGAGGGCUUAGCAUCAUUAGACAGCCCACCCAACACCCAAUAUUUCAAUCAGGCCACUCACCACCGAUCCAAAUCCCAGUCUCAAGGCCCAGUGAAUCCACCUAGUAAUAGUGUCAGGGGACGACUCCCGGGUCCCCAUGACCCUCCCCUAUGGUCCACAGUCCCAGGUGUAACCAGCCCUGUCCAGGGCACAACCUACUUGGCCACAAUACAUCGAAAACUUCCGGAGAUAUCCGGAAGUUACAUGAGACCUGAGACCCGAGGGCGCGCGCGGGGAGUGCAACAGCCAGGUGCAGUCACGGGUGCGGGUGCGAGUGUGGGUGUGGAUGCGGUAUGGGCUAGGUCAGGGUCAGUUAUGUCAUCGCUCAAUCUGAAGCCUUCAGUGGCAUCACCUGACAAGUCCCCGGAGUCCCCGUCACCAAAGAAGAAGGCAGAUCUACCACAACCCCCUAGUAGCCCUCAGAAAACAGGGCCAAUUCUCACACACUCCUUGAUUGAAAAAUUUGUGAGUUGGUGCAAGGUGACGCGUGGCGAGGAUUGGAGUGCUUGCAUGAAUGGCAUGCAAAGUGAGGAGAUCUAUCCAGAUGAUUAUCUUGGGAAGCUUUCCAAUGAAGAGCUACGGAACUCUCUUGGUCUUGGUCUUGGAUCUGUCAAGCAGUAUCACAUGACCUUUUCUGAUCCAACACCGAGUGCGCAGAUGAACCCAGCUGGUCCUUCCUCAGCCAAACAGAAGCGCAAGACACCUGAUGACCCAAACGACUGGGUUGUGGUCCCCUACAAGCGGAAGUACCCUGAUGGUGGUGAGAAGCGAUUCCAUUUCCGCCACUUCAAAGAUGGCCAUACUCCAACUUAUGACGAUGGUAUACUGGUAUUUGUCAGGGCACACCCACCUGACCCGCCUCCACCCGGGCCCACCUCACCCGGUUCCCCUUCUCCCACCCUGCACCCCUCCUUCAUACCCCUUCCCCCUCUAUCCCUCUCCCACUUCCACUUCUAUUUCCAUUUCCAUUCCUAUUUCUAUUUCUACUUCACACAGACGACCUUUCCCUUAUAUCCAUGGCGUAACCUAGUGCGCGCACGUGCAGCAUACACCCUCGGGAUCCCCCACGGGGACACCUGGGUGACUGUGGCUGUAUGCGGGGUGACGUGGCGGACCUCAUGUGACCCAAGCCGCAUGUAUAUAAACACACCUGGGGUGGGAACCGAAGAAGUAACCUUCUUCUCAACAUUCCCACUUCAGGGAUCGCUGUCCCACAUCGGGGCUGCCAGUAUGCACGCCCGAUCCACCCCCCGUGAGGUCCUUAGCACCGGACGCUACGCCCAGACCGCCUUGACCCCGGACGCGACCCUGACAGUAUUCAAUCCCCCUCUCAGCGACAAUAUCGAUGACAUGAGGGACCAGUAUGUUGAAGAACAAGUCAAGCUACAUGAUGAAGGAGUCAAAGAUUAUGUGAUGGUCGCGGAAGGAGGGUAUUGGAUGCAAAUCCUGUUGGAGGAACCGUGUGCUAUGGGAGGCCGGACGAGUUUUCGUACAGCCACAUUCCCACAUCCAAGCGAGGAACUCGCCCGGACAGCCACAUUCCCGCGGUAG